AUGCAAAAACAUGUAGAGAAAAUCCUGUUGGUUCUGAUAGUUGGAGAGUUUGUAAUUGGGGUUCUAGGGAAUGGAUUCAUGGCACUGGUGAACUGCAUUGACUGGGUCAAGAGUAAGAAACUAUCAACUUCUGAUCUCAUCCUGGUUGUCCUGGGCAUCUCCAGAAUUGGUCUAUUGUGCUUGAUUAAAUGGGAUAGUUUUCUAUUCAUAUUCUUUUUGGAUAGAACAGAAGAUGAGUACCAAAAUCUUAUUAGGGAUUUAUUUUGGAUAAUUACCCACAUUUCAAGUGUUUGGUUUGCUACCUCUCUCAGCAUUUUCUACUUACUAAAGAUUGCCAACUUCUCCCAUCCUUUCUUCUUCUGGCUGAAGUGGAGAAUCAAUCAAGUGGUCCACAUACUUAUGGUGGGGCCCUUAUUCAUCUCUGUAUCCUAUGAAUCCAUAAAGUUAGUGGAAAUUUACUCUGCUUGGACUCUUAGUAGAAAAGAGAAUGAGAGAAAUGAAUCUCAAGAGGUCCAAAUGAAUAGAAAGCAUUACUUUAUUGAACAGAUUGGAAUAAAUAUUCUAAAUAUUCCUCCCUUCAUUCUUUCUAUCAUAUCCUGUUUCCUGCUACUUUACUCCUUAUGGAGGCACUCCCAGAAGAUGCAGCUCAAAGUCAAGACCUCCAGAGACCCCAGCAUAGAGGCCCAUGAAAGAGCAAUGAAAGCCAUGCUUUCCUUCCUUAUCUUUUUACUAUUCUAUUAUAUCGGCAUCUUCCUCACCUACAAGAACUUCUCAAAGCUGAUUUCCAUGUUUGGUAUGACAUUAAUGUCCCUUUAUCCCACAGGACAUUCACUGAUACUGAUUCUGUGGAACAGCAAGCUAAAACGUGCUGCCCUAUUGGUGUGGAGGCAGAUGAAAUGCUGUCUGAAAUUCAAUAAAUCCUGA